GCGGUUUCAGCGAAUUGGCCCACCAUGCUCUAGAACCAUGGUUGCAAGCUGCAACAGCGUUGUGUGUCUUCAGCGACGUUCGAGGUUAGUUGAAAAUCGAAAUCGCACUUUAGGAAAACUGUGAACAAUGGCAAACGGAAUAUCCCCUACUUUGACUAUUCGUUCCUCCACUGGAGUCGAGGUAUGGAAAUCUGGCGGCUUCAAAGAGCCGUAUGUUCCGGACUCUACAUUUGCUCGGGAAGAAAGCAAAUUGUGUCGUGCUAUUGUUUAUAGUCCUAAUGGUCGAUUUCUAGCGUGGGCCAACGGCACCACGGUUCAGAUCUGCUCGGCAUCCAACUGGAAAGUUGUGCACAAAUUACCGCGGCCCAAAGCUUUUUACCUCAAGUUCUCACCUCGCAGUACAUAUUUAAUGACGUGGGAAAUCUACACGGAGAAUCCGAAGGAUGAAGUAAAAGAAAAGCCCAAUUUGUUCCUGUAUGACGUGACUAGCGGUCGAGAAAUGUUUUCCAUUAUACAGAAACGCCAUGCUGAUUGGGAAAUGCAUUGGGCCGCCGAUGAGAGUCUCUUUGCUGUUAUGGUCGGCGGUGAGAUACUCUUUUAUGAGGUUAAAGCAGAUACGAAUUUUCCAACCAAACCCUCGAAACGAUUAGGCGGAGUGCGAAAUGGAGGUGUUUCUGUAUCGCCUGGCCAAAGCCCGCCGUUUGUUGCAUUUUACGUACCAGGCACGAAGGGCGCACCUUCAAUGUGUCGAUUGUUCCGCUAUCCUAAUCUAGAAGCCAAUCAGCCUAUUGCUUCGAAGAGCUUCUUCCAGGCCGACAAAGUUGAAAUGAUGUGGAAUCAGAAGGGAAAUGGUAUAUUGCUAUUGACUAGUACCGACGUGGAUCAGACAGGUGUGUCUUAUUAUGGAAAGCAGGCGCUUCACUUCAUGACUACCAAAGGGGAUUCUUACGCCGUUCAACUGAAUACUGAGGGAUCGAUCCAUGCCGUGUCGUGGAGCCCACGAUCAACUGAAUUUUGCGUUGUGUACGGCUUUAUGCCUUCUAAAGCAACCUUGUUCAAUCUUAAGUGUGACGCUGUCUUCGAUUUUGGAACCGGAAAUCGAAAUUCGAUCUACUACAACGAACAUGGCAAUUUGUUGGUGUUUGGUGGCUUCGGAAACUUGCCUGGUUAUAUCGAGGUAUGGGAUAUGAACCAGAAAAAACUAAUAACCGAACACAAGGCACCUGACACAACAUUGCUCGAAUGGAGUCCAGCUGGAGAUAUAUUUUUAACGGCUACUACAGCUCCUAGACUGCGGAUGUCUAAUGGUUUCAAAAUUUGGCACCACACAGGAGCACUGCUGCAUGAAACUCAGUGGCCUGAGAAGCAAGAGUUACUGGAAGUGAUUUGGCAGAAAUACGCUCCUGGGACAUUUAAAGAAAACACUAUUAUCAACGAAAAAAUUGUAGGAAUUGCUUCCAAAACACCACAGGCCAGUAAACAGAAAUACGUUCCACCAGGAAUGAGAAAUAACGUAAGCAUCACAGGAGGAGAAUCUUCCAUCCCAGCCGCUAGAGCUCCAAUUCCUGGUUUACCCCCUGGGUAUCGUUCGGCAGCACAACAAGUCAAGGACAAGAAGCAGAAAAAUAAAAAUAAAUCGAAAGAUUCAGUUGCCAAUUCGGCAAAUAAUACGUCUAGUAAUCUCCCAGUACAAAAUAAUCGUCCGACAUCCGCUGUAGUUAACAACACAAGUGGAGGACAGGAGAAGAAAAACCGACCAAAAACAGCUCCAAAUCCAAAUCCAGAAACUCCGAAUGGAAAAACAACUGAUACAACACCAAAACGACCACCGCAAUCCAGCGGAGACCCGGAGAAGGACAAAAAAAUAAAAAGUAUCAACAAAAAGUUGAAGGACAUCAAACUGUUGAAGGAAAAGAACGAACGCGGCGAGAAGCUUGAACAAACACAAAUUAUCAAGAUGAAUUCGGAAGCCGAAUUAGUAAAAGAAUUGAAGGCCCUUAAAGCGUCAUAAAUUCCUAUCAGUAAUGACCAUAAUAUAUGCCUUUAAUUUUUCUUAUUUUUUCGAAACAAUUUUUUACUCGCGAAGAUUUCAUUCAGAAUCGUCUCAAAGGAUAUAUUUAGCAUUGUGCAACCAUUCAACGUUUUCGUAAAUUUCCAGCAUUAAAUUUUACUUUUUAUCAAUCGGUUUCUAAUUUGUAAAUAGUGCUUCAACAAUUAUUGCCCGAACAAUUUUUAUUCUGGUGUUAAAUUGAUAGGCCUUCUUCAGUCACUUUUUUAGAAUAUAAAAAAGCAAAUUCAGAUUUUGUAUGUGCUAUUAAUUAGCCUAAUGGAACAAUAGCAGCAAACAAAGGCUACAAAAAAAACUAGCGAGAAGCUGAAUGAAGAACAUUAAAAGUUGGAGUAUGCAAUAGUGGGUAAAUUUGAUCAAUAAAAAAUAUUGACCAUU